AUGACAAGGAGCUGGUUAUUGGCCGUUUUGUCUUCAUCACUGCUUCCUUGGCUUCUUGUAGCAUUUCGAAGCUCCCAAUUACCGGGCAUCACGCGAAGAGCUGUGGCAUGCUCUUCAUCUCGAAUCAACAAUCAACAGCUGGAUUGUCUCAACACAACCAUCAAAGACGAGAUUGAAACUUUUGACCCGUACCGCCGCUCCUUCCUGUUUGGCAUUGGUCUUGCAACCCCCUUUUGUUUGAGUGAUCAAAAUGAAGCCUCGGCCCUUCCAUUUGGGAGAGGUGACACAAAGAAAGGGGUAUUUUUUGUAGGAGGCGACAAGAAUGCCAGCGAAUCUCUUCAAGGAGAGACAGCCAGCCUUGCACAAAUUGAUCUGACUAGUGAACUAUGCCUCCUGAAACUGCUUCCGGUGAAGAACCCAGUCUUUAGGGGGUUGGAACGAUCUGUGGUUGCCCUGUCGACACUACGUAAUGCGCAGGAUUAUGCAACUUGGAAAAAGGCUGAAGCAUCUAUCAUAGAAUGCAUUAAUGUUGUGGAUACCAAACGCUCCAAGUUGGAACCUAUUUUCAACCAGGAAGAGGACACCAUGAUUCAGAUUAUUAAAGGCGAAAGUGGAGAAAGAAGGAUAGAGGAUUUCAGGGAUCAAUUGGUUGAGCUCGCCAAUGCAACAUCUGCCCAAAACGCAACCAAAACUUUUCAAGUUCAGAAGAAGGCUUUGUUGGCACUAUCAGAAAUUGGAGAGUUCCUUGUGGGGCAAUUCCCGUAUGAGUUACCGACUGAGGGAUUGUACAGUUAUUUGCCCAGACUCCUUGGAAGGGCAAAAGUCAGUUUCUCCAUCCGUAGAAAGAAAAAAAUUCUUGGCAACGUCACAAUUAUUGCAGAUGGAUUUGCUGCUCCCAUCACCGCUGGAAACUUUGUUGACCUAUCCAUCCGCAACUUUUACACGGGUCUCCCCAUCAAGCUGACACGGAAGAAGGUGGGAUCAGAUAAGGAGUUUGAAGUGGCAACUAUACCUAUGUUGGGCUCUUUUCAAGAAGGGUUUUAUGAUCCCCUGACAGCUAGGCUACGCCGUAUACCUCUGGAGAUCAUCCGUGUUGGGGAAGGCAAAACGGCACCCAAGCUUUCAUACGCUGAAGAUGACUCACCCUCUGGCACCAGAUGGGACUUUUCCAACACACCAGCAUCUGUUUCCAGUGAAAAUGGCAAAUCCUUACUGAGUUUCGACAUACCUGGCCUGGUCGCUUUGAAUCACCCCGACAAAAGCUUGAACGGAGGGUCAUCUGAAUUUUUCAGCCUGCAGAAAGAGAGCCUUCCAGACAAAAAACGAAAGCUUCUUGAUGGGGAGUAUGCACCGUUUGGCUAUAUUGUUGAUGGCUAUGACCUAUUCCUGAGCCUUCAAGCGGGCGAUGUGAUCGAUCAAACUUCGAUCGAUGAGCUGGGUCAGCUGAACUUGGUGAAGUUGCGCCAAUCAAGCUUCUCGGAAGUCGUUCAAGGAGCUCAAGACUUCGGAGAAGCAGCUGCGGAGAAAAAUAGCAGUAGUGCUGAAUAG